UUUAUCGUUUUAUUUCUUCCAAGACGGAUGUUAUGUUGUGAGUGAAUUUUCUUUCUUCUAAAAGCAACUAACAGAAACCAUCCCGUGAAGUAUAAAGUAUAGAAAUAUUCCGCUGUGGAUCUCUUUACAGAAAAUCGACUAAAAAUUAAUCUCAAAAUAGGUCUAUAAACAAAUUAAGAAUUUUUAUCAAUAAAUAUACGGCGUUUUUAAAUAAAAUGAAUACAAGCGACGGUAGCAACGGUACGGGGGGUGGUGGAGCACCAGGACCAGGUGGCGGCAGUGGUGCAGGUCCAGGCGGAGGAACAACAACACCAACCGGAGAACCCCUGAAAAUUAUUAAAACCCAAUUAAUACCCCAUCCACAUCCAGUAUCUUUACAACAACAAUCACAACAUUCACCUUUGCCUUCACCAACAACAUCGACUCCAACACCGUUACAGUUACAGUCUUCUUCUAUCACAACUCCCAAUACCAACACAAUUAUAAAUCCCCAGACUGCACAGCAGGCCCAUCAUCCACCAUCCAUACAAUUGAAAAAUCCAACAAAUGUUACAAAUUUAUUUUCUUUAAAUCCAGUUGCAGCUAAAAUAACGCAUGUCAAGACAACGACCAUUGAUGCAGCCAAUGCUGCAGGGCCUGGUGGUAUAUCAUUGAGUGGUCUAAAUCCUACAGCGCUGGGAAGUGUCGGUGGUGGCGGUGGCGGCACCACAGGUACCAUAGUCACAAGUGGUGGUUUAUCGACUGUGGGAGCCAUAAAGGUGGGAAAUAGUGGUGCAGUUGCGACAUCGAUAAGUGGUACUCCUAUAGCUUUAAACUCUUCGCAGGCUUCGGGUGCCAGUGGUGCUACCUCUAUAAGAGCUAUUGGGGCGGGCGGCCAGUCCACACAAGUUCGUGUUGUUAUGAGCAACAUUAUGACUCCGUCGAUGAUGAAGCAAUUGGAAAAUGCCGGCCCCGGACGUACUCAAAUUACUGCGUUUCCAACUGCUCCAGCAAGAUCCGUAUCAAAUACUUCAAUAACUGUUACUAGAACAGCAACGCAAGCCACUUAUUUGCCAAGAGCCAGUGUAACUGCUACUCAAAUGACUGGCGUUGGAAUGGGCGUACCCGCUGGACAACGUUUGGUUACUCCCAUAAGGACCACUCCUGCUUCAGUUACUGGCGGAACUAGUGGCGGGACCACUGUAACAGGUAUAACGGCUGCAGGCAAUUUUGUACGCGGCACUGCAGUAAGUCGCAAUACUUCCUCGCCAGCCACAACUGUUAUAUCACCAGCAACAAGCACCACCUGGAUGGCAGCAAAUCAGACAGGUCAAAUGCAAUUGAUACGUGCCAUACCACAUCAAUCUAGGCAAAGGAUUAUAACAACGCAAGGUAUAAGUGGAGCUCCAGUUUCUGUCAGUGGUUCUGUGGCACCCGUCAGUGGCACAGUUGUUACUACAACUGCUUCAGCUUUACAGUCAAAUUCGGGACUUAUUACGGGACAACAUCAUCCUCCCACAUCUCAACAACAAUCCACCAUACAAGCUGUUUCGUCGGCGGCAUCUCAACAACAGCAGCAACAACAGACCUACGUAGCCACCGUCUUACCACCCAGACAGCACCAAGCCACCCUUGUGUACUCUUCAAAUGUGAGUGGUGCUCAAACUCUAUCAACACAACAGCAACAAUUCAAUUCUACAUCUGUUGGUGGUGGUGGGCCACGUUUUGCCGUGGCCACACCAUUAACGCCUGCAUCUGGUACAGCAGGAGCACCACGUCAAAUACGGCCUAUGUCAUUUACAAAGUCAUUUUCGGCUACUAAAUUGAAUACAACAAGUAUAAGUAUAAGGGCUCCCAAUUUGCCGCAAUUGACACCUACCAUGGCAUCGGGUGUUUCGAAUGCAACAGCAGCCAGUGUAGCAGCAACCAAUUCACCGCGUAGCACUACUGUUACUGGCGUGACGGCGUCAAGUGUAAAUGUUAUACCAUCAACAACGACACGCAUUAUACAAUUGCAACAACAGCCAGGCGGGACAGCGCAACAAAUUAUUGGAUCUACUGGCCGCCUGGCUGCCAAUGUAAUGCUGCAACCGAUUAUAGUGAAUACAACAGGGGCAGGCAAAAUUGGCAUACGGCCGCCUGUUACAAUGGCAGCUAAAGUCCAGCCAUCUCUAACCAUAACUCAGCUGGCGAAACUUCCCUCUUCGGGUGGUCAACAGAAUAUCAAUACUAGUGCUUCUGGCAGUGCUUCUCCAUCAAUUUCGACUGCGAGUAUUACUGCUACCAACCUAUCGACAAAUGCCACUACGCAAUUAGUCAACGUUUCUCAGGGUGGACAGUUGUUGACAACGCAAAACUUGGUGACCCCCUCAGCAGCAGUGACAGCAGCAGGUGGUGCGACAGUGGUUCCUCUUGCCAUUAGUGCACGCGGUACCGGUGGUGGGAAUAUCAUAACAGGUACAAUGACACCCAUUAAAAACGCAAGUGCCAUAACUGUGGGUAAGGUAAUGACUCAAGCCCAAUUGGAUAACUCUACGGGGGCCAAUUCUUCGGGCGGUGUUGCUGCAAACGCCUCGCCUGCAAAUGUUUUUAUACAUACGCCGGCAGUACCUCAAAGACCCCAUAGCAAUAGCAGCACCAGCAGUAAUAGUGGAGCCAUUGUCAAUACCUCAGUUUCGGCUGUUAAUGUGGCCAAUACGGGUUGCUCUCCGGCAAAUGUAUUGACUUCAUCGGGUAAUGUAGCUGCUGGCGCCUUUCUACAGCCUGGCAGCACUAUUUAUUACGAAUCUGUGCCAGCUAGCUCGGUGCAAGUUUCGACAGGAGUCUUGUCGUUGACCACAACCACAGUGACAAGCAGCACCAUGUCUCAAAACCAAAUAGCAAGUUCGGCGGCUAAUCUAUCAAUAUCUUCGUUGCCCUUUGUUAGCCAUGCAGGCGGUGGUAAUUCAACUACGGCAACAUUUACUGUGGUGCCGACAACAAUAGGGCGCACCAUUGGUCAAUUGCAAAUACCUGUUUCAAGUGCGGGAACUCAAAUCCAAGCAGUUCCAGUGAGAUUUAGUCAGUUAUCGACGACUGGGCAAAUUGGCAGUGCAGCAUCGGCGGAUGCCAUAUCUGUUUCUCAAACUGCGCCACAAAUUUUACAGCAAACUACUUCAGGAUUAGAAACCUCCCAAAUUAUAAUACCUUCUUCACAAUGCCAGCAAAAUGUAACGUCCGUCAGUUCACAACUUCAGCAACAGACUCAUCAAAUGGUGAUACCCUUGCAGACCUCUAUAAAAGUUACUUCUGGACUUGGGUCAACUGGUACAGCUGUGGUUUCAAAUAUCUUGCGCAAACGCGAUGUAGAUGGUUCUCCCAUAAGGGCGGCAAAAAAUCUGCAGCCAGCCCUAAUGUCCAUGGGCGGGCCAUCGAAUAUGGCACCAAAUUCUUCCUCUCCUGCAUCCUCUUCUAUUGGAAGUUCGUACAGCUUAACAUCAGUCACAUCUUCGGUAGCCUCUACAGCACUAACAGCUGAGUCAUUGGCCAAAAAGGAUAGAGCCUCUAAUAGCCUGUCAACGUCAAUUACUGCUUCAUCUAUGCCCGCGGUCAGGUCCACGAGAGCGGAUUCACCAGCUUCAUCAGAUGGUUCUACCACUGUUUCGGCCAACUCCUCACCUGGCGUUGAGCAACAAAUACAAGAUAAUAAUAUGAUCAUAAAUCGUUUACCGGGUGGUGGUCCAAACAUUGAUUCACAUUUUAAUCCCAUCAAUGAGCUUUACUCCAAUCAUCAUUCUGUGGUUCCACAGCAGCAUGUAAUGCCGGGCACACCAGUAACAACUAGAAAUCUAGCAACAAUUGAGCAACAUCAUAGUUUACAAGGCCCCACUGCAAUAACCAUGCAACAAAGGCUGAAUGGUGGUCCAUUGGAUUGUCCGCCACGCAAGAAAUCCAGAAGGUCUACGAACGACAGCCAACUGUCGACACAAAGUCAAACGUCUCUGAGUUUGCCACCGCCACAAGCCAGCAAUAACAACACAAAUGGCGCAGGCUCAAACUUAUCAAAUCCACCUGCGACGCAUGAAGCCAAUAUUUCAAAUGUAGUUAGCAAUGGGACAGUUUCAAAUGUUGUAGCAACAACCCCAGGUCAUGAAGUGGUUAAUGGCAAAGAAAAUACGAAGCCUGUGGAGUUUAUACUCAAACGUCCCAAGAACUGUACUCUCAUGAGUACAUACAAACAAUCAUGGAAAUCCGCAUAUAAUCAUUUCCAAAGAUAUUCAGAUGUUAAGCCACGUGAAGAAAGGCGUCCCACAAUCAUGGAUUUGGCAAAUCAAACAAAUGUACUUGGAAAAAUAAAUGGAUGGAAAAUUUAUCAUUUAAAAUCACAAAUGGAAGAUUUGUGCGAAAACGAAUCCCUGGGAUAUGAGAAACUAUCGAGUAUGCUAAAGCAAAUGGAAUCGAAUGGCAUUACCAAUGAAAUUGAACGCAUAAGUGACCUUUUAAAGGGUAAUAUGCAGCGCAGUAAAAUCAUUGUGGAUGGCGUUAGUGAAGCACAAAAUCAAAUAAUGAAAAUUUUCGAACACAAAUCACAUGUCUCGGAUAUCAUUACUCGAUGCGCCUCUAAACGUAAUUACAAAAAACGAGAAAAGGUUUAAAUGUCUCCGUGCCGCCAAGCCGCCUCCUGUACUAAAAAUGUACUCAUAUCCUUGUACAAUCUUCUUCUUCUCAUUCAAACUAUCUAAACUAGAAGAGUAAAAAACAAAACAAAAAUAUGCAAUCAUAGAUUGUCCCUUACAUAAUAAGUUUUCUUUUGUUAAUCAUCCACAACAUUUCCCAACAUUAAGCAUCCAUAUAUUUAUAUAUAUGUUUAUACGAUUAAGUUUUUUUGUUUUUUUUUCGAAAUACUAUGUGUAUUGUUUAACAUUAUCGGCGCCCACCACAUUUAUUUUUAUAUAUAUUAAAUUUCGUUUAAUAUUGAAUGUGCAUAGGCAUAGACAUACAUAUAAUACAUUAAGAUGAGUCAGCCAAAAUAUUGUAAAUAUAUUUUAUUAAUUAUUACAUAUGUAUAUCUAUUCGGAUAUUAAGUGAAGAAAGAAACGAAGGCGCGUGUGUGUAUGAGCCUUUUAAAAUCGAAAUUAUUGUUAAUAUAAUCUUUGUAAGUUUUAAUUUACAUUAGGUCAAAGAUAUAAACUAUUUUUCUAAUUUAUAAAACGGAGAAAACCUAAAAAAUGGCUAAAGUGGAUAUGCAUACCUAUAUACAUAAAUCGAGAUUGAAGACAAAAAGCAUAAAACAUAAAAUUGGUAAAAUAAAGAAUAAUCUAUUGAAAAAAAA